AUGCUCGUCCAGGAAUCCGUUCACGAUGUCCCCACCAAAGCCGAUGGACAGGGAACCAUGCUAACGGGACCUGUGGCGCGAUUUGCCCGCCAAAUCGCAGGCCAAGGCUACAUCUGUGUGGCACCAUCGAGCUACCACGAAUUCACGGGCCCGGAGCCCUUGCAGUAUAAUGCAGAGGAUACGGACAAGGGUAACGCGUGGAAGAUCAGCAAGAAAUUGGCGGCCUAUGAUGAGGACGCAAGUCUGAGCGUGGAUUACUUGCUCUCGUUGCCCACUUGCAAUGGCCGGGUUGGCGCUACAGGCAUGUGUUUGGGUGGGCACCUUGCAUACCGCUGUGCGCUCGAUAGUCGGGUUAAGGCAGCCGUGUGUUACUUUGCCACGGAUAUCCACGGCAAGACCCUGGCUGCGGGUAAGAAUGAUGACAGUCUUGAAAGGACUGGGGAUAUUAAGGGCGAGUUGUUGAUGAUCUUUGGCAAAAGCGACACACACGUCCCUCCUGAGGGUCGCGAUUUGAUCCGCAAGAACCUCCAUGAUAAGGGGGUCCUGUUUAGUUUCUAUGAAGUUGCGUGGGCACAACAUGCGUUUAUUCGGGAUGAACUCAGCAAGGGCCGAUAUGACCCAGCAAUCACCAAAUCAUGUUUUGAGAUGCUCCUAGAAUUGUUUGGACGCACGUUGAAACUAGAUCUGGGCGAGCAUGAUGGUAGGGAGGUGGUGGUGGAGGAUGUGUGCUAA